UUGUUUCUACACACUAUACAGCUUAAACCAAUAGUAAAAAGUAAAAAUACUGAGAUAUCAAGCUCUUUCCAGAAACACUGUAAAUGUUAAUCAAAGUCUCAAAAGAUCUGCUUGCAAUAAAAUACACAAGUUAGUCAAGUCAUCUAAGAAUAAUGGUAGGUCAAAAAUUAUUAAUCGAGGUCGCCGAGCCCAUAGUGUAUUGCAAAAAUAAACAUUACGAUUCAUUUAAUAAAUCAUCAGCAGAGUUUAACGCCGUUUUCAUUGUUGAAUUCCUUUAUUUAAUUAAAUAAAAUCCAAAAUUUCCAAAUGAUUUUCUCGAUGACUAUUGUGACCCUUAUGGCCCCUAUCCAACCUCAGUGACCCAUGUGAAAUUGUACUGUUUAAUCAUACGUUAUAAGUUUAGUAUUAUAAACACCAAUGACAUUAACACAUGUACGUAAUAAUACGUAACCUAAUUAAUAAAAAACAAUUUAAGUAAAAAGUCACAGAGUGUCAACUGUCAAACAUUAAUAAUAGUCGUUGCGUGAUACAAUUAAAAAAUCAUUCAAUGUAAGAAAAGUCAUUAACUACUGUGUGUGUGACCACAAACAUUUCGUAACAGCUCAUCUUCACAGUGUAAAACAAAAAAAAACAAAUUCAUAAAUAAAUAUCUUCCGGUUUAUGGUUCCGCUUCGACCAAUCAAACAUCUAUGCCGUCGCGAGCAAUCCCCUCGCCGUCACCGGCGAACCUUCCGUCGUCAACUCACCACGACACAACCACUCGCAUCUCCCCGCCGCUUAUAUCCGCCGCCGUGGGGCUCUCCCUCUUCUUCACUCUCUCCCUCUGUUUCUGCAAAUCCAACCGCAAACGCCGCUCCUCCGCCGCGGUAGUCUCCUCCUCCACGCCGCCUCAGAAACCUCCGCUCCACGAAUUCUCCUACUCGACUCUCCGGAGAGCCACCACCUCCUUCUCCCCGGAGAACAAGCUAGGUCAAGGCGGAUUCGGCUCCGUGUUCCGCGGCAACUUACCUCGAUCCUCCAUCGGCGGGAGCGUCGUCGUCGCCGUCAAGGUGAUGGACUCGGGAUCUCUCCAAGGCGAGCGAGAGUUCCAGAACGAGCUCUUCUUCGCCGGCAAGCUCGAUUCUCCCCGCGUCGUCUCCGUCGUCGGAUUCUCUCGCGAUCUAAAACGUCGCCGUUUAGCUCUCGUCUACGAGAUGAUGGAGAACGGUAACCUCCAGGACGCGCUUCUCCACCGCAAGGCCCCCGAGCUAAUGGAGUGGAAGCGACGGUUCUUGGUGGCCGUUGAUGUCGCGAGAGGGAUCGAGCAUCUCCACGGAUUGAAUCCGCCGGUGAUUCACGGCGAUUUGAAGCCGAGUAACGUGCUGCUGGAUCGUGGAUUCAAUGCUAAGAUCGCUGAUUUUGGUUUGGCGAGGGUGAGGUCGGAGCAAGUGGCGGUUACGGUGAAUGAUGAGAGUAAUGAUGUGGAGAGUGUGAUGACUAACACUACUGAGUCUAACUUUGAGUUCGCUGAUCAGAGUCCGGUGAGUGUUUGUAAGGUUAAUGAGUCCCCUGAGACGACGGCUACGAGUGUCUCUGUUUCUCCAGAGAUGGAGGUUGUGAAAAGGAAUGGGAAAGAGAUGGAGAAUAGAGAUUGGUGGUGGAAGCAAGAAGGGGGUGGUGGUGGUGGUGGAGGGAAGGUGGAGGAUUAUGUGACGCAGUGGAUUGGCUCAGAGGUGAAGAAGGAGUGGGUUGCUGAAACCUCUGAAGCAGCUUCUUUGUCAAGUGCCAAGAUGGAGAAGAAGAAGAGUAGUAAGAGGCUUGAGUGGUGGCUUUCGUUAGACGAGGAGGAUAAGAAGAAGAAGAAGAAGAAUCGGAGGAUGGUGAGAGAAUGGUGGAAAGAUGAGAAUCGGAAGGAGAAGAAGAAGAAGAAGAAUACUUUGGAGUCUGAGUUUCAGAGUGAUGAUGUGAGUAGCAGUAACAGUAUCACAAGUAGUAGCAUAGACUGGUGGUUAGAUGGGUUAAGCGGCGAGCAAUGGAGAGCGCGGCGGAAAAACAGCCGCGAUUCAGCUAAGAGUUGCGGAGUUAGUAGCACGCCGAGCAUGAGAGGGACGAUGUGUUACGUUGCUCCGGAGUGUUGUGGUGCUAAUAACAUAGACGAUGUUUCUGAAAAGUGUGAUGUGUAUAGCUACGGAGUUCUGCUGUUAGUCCUGGUCUCAGGACGGCGUCCGCUGGACGUGUCGGGGCCGGCGUCUGAGAUCAUACAGCGCGCGAAUCUCAUGUCGUGGGCGCGGAAGCUCGCCAGAAGAGGGAGGCUAGGUGAUCUGGUUGAUGAGAAGCUGCAGUGUUUGGAUCAAGAGCAAGCGGUUUUGUGCAUUAAAGUGGCACUUCAGUGUCUGCAGAGAUCACCGGUCUCGCGACCUUCGAUGAAAGAUGUUUUAGGGAUGCUUACAGGAGCGAUGAGCCCACCGGAGUUGCCUAGAGAGUUCUCACCGUCACCGCAGUCUCAGUUCCCGUUCAAGACACGAAGAAAGCAGCGUCGAUAGAGCGUUUUCUUUUUGGUGGUAGAGAGCUUUAAUGGUAUUAUUUAUUGACUUAGAACAUGUGUUUGAUAUCUUGUUUCUGUAGUUACAUGUUGGCAAUGUCUUUGUUAGUACUAUUGUUUAGUGUUAAGCCACUUGAUUUAUCCUCUGUCUUAGCUCUGCUGUUCCUCAAAUCCAAGUCUGGUCUAAAUUGCCCAUUGUCGAAUAUCUUAUUCUAAUUAAUCCUACGUGAUUUGUAAUCCUAA